UCCGGCGCGCGUGUUCUCUCUUUCUUGCUUGCUGCAGAAACAUGGCGUCUCGCAGAGAAACCGGCACACCAGCAGUUGCUGCUACCACCCCUGCUGCAGAACUUGCGGUGAAACAAGUGCAGAUAGACGGAGUGGUGGUAUUGAAGAUCAUUAAGCAUUACCAAGAAGAGGGCCAUGGAAGUGAAGUGGUGCAAGGAGUUCUACUCGGUCUGGUGGUCGACGAUCGCCUCGAAAUAACAAACUGCUUCCCAUUCCCACAGCACACAGAAGAUGAUGCCGAUUUUGAUGAAGUCCAGUAUCAGAUGGAAAUGAUGCGAAGCCUGCGGCACGUCAACAUCGACCAUCUCCACGUCGGCUGGUACCAGUCCACGUUCUACGGCACCUUCGUCAGCCGCGCUCUCCUCGACUCCCAGUUCAGCUACCAGCACGCCAUCGAGGAGUCCGUGGUCCUCAUUUACGAUCCUAUUAAAACCGCCCAGGGCUCCUUGUCGCUGAAGGCUUACCGCCUGACCCCCAAGCUGAUGGAAGUCUGCAAGGAAAAGGACUUCUCUGCGGAAGGGUUGAAAAAAGCAAACAUCGCGUUUGAGGACAUGUUUGAAGAAGUCCCUAUUGUAAUAAAGAACUCGCAUCUCCUCAACGUUAUGCUCUGGGAGCUGAGUAAGAAGGCGCCGGUAUCCGAAAAACACGAGCUGCUCAGUCUGUCCAGCAGCAAUCAUCUGGAGAAGAGCCUUCAGCUUCUCAUGGAGCGCGUUGAUGAAAUGAGCCAGGACAUCGUGAAAUACAACACCUACUUAAGGAACGCAAGCAAGCAGCAGCAACAGAAAAAUCAGUACUUGCAGAGACGGCAGCAGGAGAACCUUCAGCGUCAGAGCCGUGGAGAGCCCCCGCUACCUGAAGAGGAUGUGACCAAAAUGUUUAAGCCCCCUCUACCCCCACCUCGAAUGGAUUCCCUUCUGAUUGCAGGUCAAAUUGACACUUACAUCGAGAACAUAAAGGAGUUCACCUCUCAGAAUAUGGGGAAGCUUUUCAUGGCCGAAGCGCUCCAAAACCAGACCAAUUGAAACAUCUACUGUCUAGAAAUAAGCGCAUUGUUACAUCUCUGCUGUGCAUCCCUUUAACCGUCUCCUUUCAAGAAAAUAAAACUUGUUUUAACAUC